UGGAAACUGACCACCAAUCACACAGCCGUUUUUUAGGUAGUUAGCGGAGGAGAGGUGCGCAUGCGUAGUCUGUUCAGUAGCGUAGAGCUAACGCACGUUAGAGAUGGAUCCACAGAAAGAUAUGCAGCCCCCCAAACAGCAGCCCAUGAUCUAUAUCUGCGGAGAAUGUCACACAGAGAAUGAGAUUAAAGCCAGAGACCCCAUCAGAUGCCGAGAGUGUGGCUACAGAAUCAUGUACAAGAAGAGGACAAAGAGAUUGGUUGUGUUCGAUGCACGAUGAGCUGGAAACUGUCCUUCUGAACAGACUGUGAAUAGGUUUUUUUUUUUUUUUUUUUUUUUUUUGGAAA